GUAUAGAGAAGCUGUAAAAAUAUUCGAAAGCGCAUGUUUAAUGAUGAAUAAAUACAAAAGCUUUUUAACAAAAUCAUUUUAAUAUGAAAACAUAAUGAAAUAAUUAGAAAAAACAGUAUGUUUAUUCGCCAUAGCCCUCUCCUUUGCACCAAAUAAGGAUUCAGAAGCGAUUCUAUGGCUUUUUAAAGACAUUUAAUUGCGUUCAUCUAAACAAAACUAGAACACAAAAGAAAAGUUAACAGAAAAAUAUGAAAAACUUAAAAAGUUUGACACUUAGACUUUCUUUGAUUUCUUCAGUAAUGGAUGUCCUAAAAUUAUUACCCCAAUUAAAGAUAUUAAUGACUUCGUUUAAAUGUAAAAUAAAUAUGUUGCAGACCUUGUUAAUAUAACAAGAGAUAGUCUUUUCAAAGGAUUUUAAUAAAGUUAGAUUAUUAAUAAUAUUACUGAAGUUUUAAAAUUGUAUACUAGAAUUAAUGUAAAAAAAGCAGCUAAUUUACUAAAAAUAACUUCUGAAGAAUUAAUUGGAUAUAUUAAAACUUAUUAAAAAAUGAACAA